GUUGCGCGUCUCCGCUUUGUACCCACAGUUCUGCUGUUACUGGAUGCGGUGACUAGGGGAGCUCCGUCUCAGUCACUGGUGUCUUUGAUUAUCACUGAGCUUUCUACUCACAGCCCUCAAUGGGGACCUGGAAGUGAUGACAUAACGUCACUUCUGGGUCAGGAAAAGCAAGGGCCCUCUAGCAGAUGGGCAAGUGGAGCCCGGGAGACCUCAUGGGGAGAGAGGCUGGCACUGUGUGGAGGCAAUCGGGCAGCAACGCAGUCACCCCAAUGCUUCCACCUGACAGGAAUAGUGGCACAGGAGACCCACUUUGAAAACCUGAAGCCAUUUGGGCAGUCGUACAUCGCUGCUUCUUACAUAAAGUAUCUAGAAUCGGCUGGAGCCAGAGUCAUUCCUAUAAGAAUUGAUUUGCCUAAGGAAGAAUAUGUGAAGAUGUUCAACACAAUAAAUGGGGUUCUUUUGCCAGGUGGUGGAGUUGACCUUGAAACUUCAGAAUAUGCAAGAGUGUCCAAGAUAUUUUAUGACCUGGCCAUUGUGGCAAAUGAUAGAGGUGACUAUUUUCCGUUUUGGGGAACGUGUUUAGGAUUUGAAGAAAUGACAGUUCUAACAAGUGGGCAACUUCUCUUAACACGAACUGAUACAGAUAGCAUUUCAUUGGCUCUAAACUUCACUGAAAGUGCAUUAGGCAGCAAAUUGUUCCAGAAAAUGCCCCCAUCGCUCUAUGAAGCUCUGUCAAAGAAGGCCAUAACUGCAAAUUUUCAUUCCUGGAGCCUGUCUCUGCAGAAUUAUACAGCAAAUGAGAAACUAGGGAAAUUCUAUAAUGUUCUGUCUACAAACUCAGAUGGCAUUUUGGAAUUUGUAUCCACUAUGGAAGCAUAUGAUUACCCAUUUUAUGGCGUUCAGUGGCACCCAGAAAAGAAUCCAUUUGAGUGGAAGAAAGCUUCUGUUAUUUCUCAUACUGCUGAAGCCAUACAAGUCGCUUUUUACAUGGCUGAUUUUUUUGUUAAUGAAGCUAGAAAAAAUCUGCACCAAUACUCCAAGGAAGCAGAAACCGCUUACCCAUUAAUAUAUAAUUACUGCCCAACAUACACUGGAAAUAUCUCUGCCUUUGAGCAAAUUUAUUUUUUCUGA